AUUUUUGACGGUUGUUGUGGAAGGUUAUGGCAAAGGAGAUGUGUCUGUCAGUGGAAUGGUGGUUCGAUAAAUGCUAUUCAAAAUGUUGAUAUCAAAGUGGUUUUAAAAUAUCCGAAUGGACACUCACGUGAAAAAGAGUGCAAGGAUGAAGGCGAAACCUUCCAAACGGAUGGUUGGGAUGAUUAUACGAUCUAGAAAAUCAAUUGCAAAAGAUGCUGUCAUGACGGCAUCUGGUAUAGGACAGCCCAGCCUUUACCAUGCACUGGUGGUCAUCUUUCUGGAGUUUUUUGCCUGGGGCCUACUCACAAUGCCUCUUAUAUCAGUAUUAAAUAACACGUUCCCCGAUCAUACGUUUCUCAUGAAUGGACUCAUAAUGGGGAUCAAAGGCAUACUCUCUUUCCUCAGUGCCCCUCUUGUAGGGGCCCUCAGUGACGUUUGUGGCAGAAAACUGUUUUUACUAGUCACAGUAUUUUUCACAUGCUUGCCGAUCCCAUUGAUGACCAUCAACACUUUUUGGUUCUUCGCCAUGGUGAGCAUCUCUGGCGUGUUUGCGGUCACUUUCAGCGUCGUUUUCGCUUACGUGGCCGACGUCACAGACGAGAAGGACCGUUCUUUGGCCUACGGACUGGUCAGCGGCACUUUCGCGGCCAGUAUGGUCAUCUCGCCAGCGUUGGGAGCCUAUCUCAUGGAAAGAUGGUCGGUAUCACUGGUGGUAGCGCUAGCGACAGCAGUGGCCAUCCUAGACGUAUUCUUCAUCCUAGUUGCCGUGCCAGAAAGCUUGCCAGAAAAAGUGCGAGUGUCGCCGAUAAGCUGGGAGCAAGCUGAUCCGUUUUCAGCGUUGCGUAACGUUGGAAAGGAUUCGACGAUAAUGUUACUGUGCAUCGCGGUGUUUCUGUCCUAUUUACCGGAAGCGGGCCAGUACAGUUGCAUUUUCGUCUACCUUAAACUAGUAAUGGGCUGGACGCCCUUGAUGGUUGCAGUAUUUGUUGGCCUGGUAGGGUUACUAGCUGUCAUCACACAGUUAUGUUUAGGGAUAUUGAUAAAGAAUCUUGGUUCUAAGCACACGAUUAUGUUGGGCCUACUGUUCGAGAUGCUCCAGCUGCUAUGGUAUGGUUUUGGUACCACCACUUGGAUGAUGUGGGGCGCCGGUAUUCUUGCCUCGAUGAGUUCGAUCACAUAUCCUGCCAUUUCCGCAUUUGUUUCCGUUCACAGCACCGCGGACAGACAAGGCGUCGUCCAAGGUAUGGUGACUGGCAUGCGAGGUCUAUGCAACGGCCUCGGUCCGGCUAUGUUCGGAAUAAUAUUUUACAUGUUCCACGUAGAUUUAAACGCUGAUAAUACAAACAAUGCUACACAUUCCACGACAACAUUCGAAGAGUACUCGCAGCUUGUGCCUGGUCCACCAUUUGUUUUUGGUGCUUUUCUAGUCAUAUGCGCGCUAUUCGUCGCCUCGUUUAUACCUUCCAAAAGUCCUGUGGAGACAAGUAUUCCGCUAGACACCCACUACGAAAUGGAACACGGGCAGAAGGUGGCCGAUUUAUUGGCAACUUUGUAACGGAACAACUGUACCGAAACAUGUGAUUGUGAUUAAGAUGUGAGGUAAAUAGAAGAGUCUAAUUGGUGGACAGUAUUUUCUUCAUAUACAAAGGACUAUCAAAGGUUAGAGUUGUCAUUGUGCCGUACGUUAGACUAGAUCAAUGUAACUCAUUUUUUUAACUCUCUGCAAGACAACACUUAUUUAAAAUUACUCAUACUAUAUUCAAAUACAGAACAGUGCAUGCCUUUGCAGUUUUUUUGGUCAAUGAAAAUUGAAAAUAAUGUUCGAAGUACAAGUCCUACCUAGAAAUUGUAUUUUUUUGAAAUAAUAACGCGAGGUAUGUAUUUCCAAACUGUUUCAGUUUAUGAUCCUGUAUUGAUAAAAUUUUUAGAACUUGAAGUAAUGGAGAGAAACCUCAGUUGAUACAUUAUACUGCCAGUUCAUAAUAUUCUAAUCAUAUUAGCAAAUUUCCCUAAAAUAAUUGUAAACUCUGGUUUUAUUGGUGCAAGUUGUUCAAGGGCGGUAUUUGAAACAUGGACGCAUAAAACGGGUACACCAGUUUUUGUAAGAAAACUUUAUUCGACAACAAAAAAUGAGAGAAAACGCGUUUUUUGGGAUUCAAUCGAAAGUGUUGACAGAAAUGAAAAAACUUCGUUCAAAGAAAAUUUAAUAGCAAAAUACAUGUGUUUACCUUGCCGAUAUGAAUAACAAACCAUUCCGAAAGAUAAAUGUUAUUUUUAUGCGAAAAACAAAGGUUACGUUUUUUUCUUCUAAACAAAUUCAAACAUUUCGUGUUUGUGAGUAAUUGAACAAAUGCGCUACGAUAUUCGAAAAACAAACCUAUACACAUUUUAAAACAAAGCGGAUGCGUCUAUCAUCUUUUGUUGCAAAUUACUCACGCAUACAAAAUGUUUCAAUUUGUUUAGAAGAAAAAACGUAACCCAUCCUUUUUUGAAUAAAAAUAUCUUUUAUGUUCUGGAAUGGUUUCCGAUUCAUAUCGGCAUGGUAAACUAGUGUAUUUUGCUAUAAAAUGCCCUUUGAACUAAUCCUGUACAAACAACAGGUGUUUUGGGAUAAACAAUUAAAGAUUCUCAAAAACUACUCCAAUUUUGUUGUGAGUAUUUAGAAGUACGAAUCCUCCAAAUUUGAACCAUCGUCGCAUUACCAACAAGUGCCAAAACCUGCAGUUUGCCUCGGUAUUCGGCCAUAACUAUUAGUCAGAUCUUUUCAAGUGCCUCAUCUUGCAAGUCUCGUAAAUACCUAAAAAAAUCUUAUAGGAAGGGUUUUUUCGUUCCUGCCAACACUUUCGAUUGAAUCCCCAAAAACAAUUUUUCUCAUUCUUUGUUAUCGAAUAAAAAAUGUUCCCACAAAAACUGGUGUACCCACAACUUGCAGCAAUAAAACCAGACUUUGCAAUUAUUUCGCAAACCAGGGGUAUUUUCGUCUAAUAUGAUUAGACUAAAUCCCCAACUACGUUUUACCCUUGCGAACAUGUUUUCUCCACUGCACAUGCUCAAUGGCAGUUUUUACGGUUCUCUAUUUUUCCUUAACUUAUCGAUAUUUUUUUGCUCCCAAGUGCCUAUUUGCCAAUAAACUCUAACCAAUCACUAUUAGCAUAAACUUUAUAUUUAUUAUGUAUGUGCUACUAUGACAUUUUAAAAAUAAACGUUAUAAGCUAAAAAAUCAUUUUCGUGUGUCAAGAUGGUCACUUAUUUGGAAAAAUGCAGCAGACCGAAAAGGUCAUGUCGUGGACCAAUGUUUCUUUUUUCAAAUUCCUAACAUAUAAUUCGUUACAUUUGCUUAUGGUCCAAGUGAAAUGCUUGGGCUGUUUUUUAGUCGUUUACUCAAAUUGCCAAAAAUCUGUUUUACUUCGAUAAAAUUGAGCUGGUGUUCUGGUUAGUUGUCUCUUAUACUAAACCAAUGAUGUCAAUUCAAAGCAGACACAACAAAUAAUGAAAUAUUUAUAUGACAAACAUAGAGAUUAUACGUUUUGCACAUAAUAUUAGACAAAAUACAGAAAUGUCUCACUAGCUGUCUUUCUCUGCUUUUAUUUUUAAAUACUUAAUGUACAAAGUAAUAGUCGGUAGGAUAUGUACUAGAAAGUUAUUUUAUAGUUUUCCUUUUAAUUGCGAGACAAUUUCCUCAAUGAUUCUUUUGAAUGGAGUCUCUGUGAACAAAAUGAAUGAGAAUUUUCCGUGGUGAUACCACGCGAGAUAUUUCACGAUCCAAUUUACGUUCAGUUUUGCAAUCCCAGGUUAACUUUAAUGUGAGGUGUGAUAACUUUAAAGUUGGCUGUCAGUUGCCCAGAAAUUCGUUUUCAAGUUUUGGUUAACAAACUCAUAAAUGCUGAUGCGACUUUGUUUUUAAUUUGUGCGUUUCGUGAUGCUCGGUGUUAGUGUUUCAUGUUAACGUUGUAUUAGAGUAAAGUUGACAUUGAAAACCAUUAACUGAGAGUCAACUUGAAGUUAGCAAUGAAUUUGCAGUUAGCUUGCGAUUGAAACAACGCGUAUCAAACUGCUUUAAUAAAAGUGUCUUUUCUUAAGACAGACAUUUUUGCAGUUUAUUUUUAUUUGUUCACACAGACCUAUAACAGGAUGUUCCGAUUAAGUUUUAUUUUUCUGUUGAACCUCAAAGAAAAUGUUGAAAGUAAGAGCAAUAACACCCUAAUGUCUUGUGAAUGGUAUGAUUUUGGCUGUGAACUUAUAAGGAACAUCCUGUACGUCGAACUCUGUAAAAUUGAAGAAAUGCCAUUAGGGUUGCUGUUAGGUAUAACGAUGUUAAAAAAUGACAAAAAUCGAACGUAUGUUUUCUUGAUUUUUUAAUAUUAUGUACACUUUUCUUGGUCUAUAAAAGUAUUAUGUAAUUAGAUAAAAAUAUAUACAUUACUUGUUUCUGAAAUGCAGUUUAAAUUCCAAGGUGUAGCUAUGUGUGUCAUGUAUGUUUCUCAUCAAAUCUUUAGUGACCAAAAUCUACCUCUAUGAAUCUUUAUGUUGACCCAGGCAAGGUUCAAGAAGUAUUCCCUCUGCAGUUAAAACACAAAAUAAAAACAAUCCAAAUCUAACCCCGUUCUUGUUUGUUCCAAUUGGAUUAUGUCUCCAUCAUAAUAAUAAAAAAUAAAUACCCAAGUACUUGCAUCAAAAUGAGAUUCACGUCAGUGCAAUGAUGAUAUUUCCGAAAGAAGCAAUAGCUUGUAUGUCUUGGCACAGAGAAAGCAUUUUCUUCUCAAGCUAAUAAAGUAUGUCCUUUAAUUUUGGCACAAAAUAUUUUUUAAUGAAUGAAUUUAUUUCAACACCAACUAGUUAUUAUACUACCAAUACAUUUUGAUUAUGUUUUCCUUUUUUCCACUUUGUUCUCAAGAUUUUUUUCUUUUGAUUGUUUUUUUUUAUUUCAAUAUAUUUUUACUUUAUAC